AUGGCUGGGAGAAAUGAUGGUGUUAUUUUUUCCGUCUUGCAAGUUGUGCAGAACAACCAGAAUGGAAGGAAUGAUGAGUUCCGUAACUUGGGAAAGUUUCAUAGGAAUAAUCCACCUACCUUCAAAGGCAUGUAUGAUAUGGAUGGAGCGCAAGCUUGGAUGAAGGACAUUGAAAAGAUUUGCAGGGUUAUGGCGUGUAGUGAAGCACAAAAGGUUCGAGGAACUUGUGAAAUAUGUCCACAUUAUAAUGGUGCAGCUGCAGGGGCUUCUAAAUGCAUUAAGUUCGAGAAUGGGUUGCGUCAUGAGAUCAAGCAGGGCAUUGGUUAUCAACAUAUUCACCGGUUUUGGGAACUAGUGAACAAAUGUAGGAUUUAUGACGAGGACAAUAGUGCUCGGUCUGCUCAUUAUAAAAGUUUGAGUGAGAAGAGUGAAAAGCAAUUGAAUUAUGGAAAACUGUAUGCUCCACUUGACAAAGGGAAACAUAAGGUGUUUCCAGAUGAUAUUCAAGAUUUACCGCCAGAGAUAGGGGUGGAGUUUGCUAGUGAUCUUGUUUCUGGCACUAGACCUGUUUCUAUGGCACCAUACAAAAUGUCAGCAUCAGAGUUAGGAGAACUAAAUAAUCAGUUGGGAGACUCAAUGGAAAAGAUAUUUAGCAGACCAAGUGUGUCACCUUGGGGAGCUCCAGUGUUAUUGGUAAAGAAGAAGGAUAGUAGUAUGCGACUAUGUGUUGAUUAUCAAAAGUUGAAUAAAGUGAUGAUCGAGAAUAAGUAUCCACUUCUGACGAUUUGA